AUGGCGCUCCACCGCAUCACCGCGAGGAGGAGAACCGUUCUCCCCGCCACCCGUGCCUUCUCCUCCUCCUCUAACCCGCCGUUCCCUCCGCCCCCGACUCCCGCGAACGACCCCGACGCCGCCCAUUCCCCGUCCUCCUCUUCGCCCCCAAACCCCGGCGCGCCGCGGAACCCGGCGUCCUCGCUCUUCCAGGACAUCAGAGAUCGCCUCCUCUCGUCUCCGAUGUCGCCCUCCCCGCGCCGGAUCCCGACGAACCUGCCCCGCCCCAACCCCGCGCGCGGCGCUCCUUCUUCGCAACGGGCCCCUGAAGACAUCCGCCGGAUGCUCCAGAACUUCCGCUCAACCGGCGGCGUGCCUUCCACCUCCUCUCCCGGAGCCGCCCCGUCACCCUCCGCUCCCGGAGCCAUCCCCUUCUUCACGGACCUGUUCAAGAAGGACAGCGUCGCCCAGGGCCCCAACGCCGGGCAGGGGGUGCUCGGCCUCGAUGCCACCCGAGGGAGCCUCAAGGGCCCCCGUUCGUCGAAGCCUUUUAUGACCCAUUUGCCGAGCAGCAUCUUCCGCCCGGAGCUAGAGAGGAACUCGAAGGCUGUAGGUGCGGGGCAGGAAGAGAAUGGCUCUGCCAUUGCGCUUAAGAGGCACUACAGCUACGAAGAGCUUGGGAAGAGGCUAGGGGAGCUGCGGCCGGCGGGUGCGGGCAAAGACGGUAAGGAGUGGUUCUCGCUCACGGAGCUGCAGGGGCGUAUCGCCAAGCUGGCAGAGUUGGAGAAGCAGGAGAACCGGUUCGCCAGGCCGCAAUUUUUGGAACUCCGGAGUGGCAUUGAGAACCUGCAGAAACAAGAAAAACCGGCUCGGCAGGUAAACAUGAAUACACUGCUGAACCUUGGCGGUCAGCUGGACUACAUGGGUCGGCCUCCGCAGGAGGAGUUGUUAGAGAAGUACUUCCAUCCAGAUCAUAUGUCAUCCGAAGAUAAGAUGAAAUUGGAGCUCCAAAGGGCGAGGGACGAGUUCAAGAUGUCCGAGAAUGACUGUGGUUCUGCACGAGUUCAAAUUGCCCAACUGACUCUGAAAAUCAAGCAUCUAUCAGCUGUUAUACACAAGAAGGAUAAACAUUCUAGAAAGGGGCUUCAGGAGAUGGUCCAAAGGAGGAAGAAAUACCUGAAAUACUUGCGCAGAACCGACUGGGACUCGUACUGUCUUGUUCUGUCAAAGCUGGGGCUUCGCGAUGUGCCCGAGUACAAAGCUCCUGACUACAAGAGCAAAGCAACCACCAAGGCCAAAUCUAAGAAGAAGAGCAAGGGCAAGGGCAAGAAGAGAAAGGUGAAGGCGUAG